GCAGGUUUAGCAAACACGGCAUCAUAGAUGCCACACUUGAGCCCAGACAGACUGCUUGACAACAUCCACUCACAGCUGAUCAUGGACAAUUUAGAACUUCUAUCUUCUAUCUUCUCUUUAUGCAAAACCAUUUAUGGAAUGGUUGGAAAUAUGAAGACCAACAAGGAGCGCUGUCAACGAGUCACCCAAAGAGUCAAAGCCCUGGAAGAUGUGGUUCUGUUAAUCAAACAAAGGGGCCCGGGCCAAAUGUCUUCCGCUGUGGUCAAGGCUCUGAAUGAGCUCUGGAUCACUCUGAUUUCCACCAAUGAGCUGAUAAAGAAAUACUCCCAAACUAAGGCUUUCUUGAACUUCGUGAAAUCCAAAAGCCAUGAAGAACAGUUCUACAAGAUGAACGAAAGUCUCACUGAUAACUUCCAGGUCCUGUCCGGAGUUCUGCAGGUCGAAAAUGGGAACAUGCUGUGCAAAGUCUAUGACUGUGUUUCCGGAAUGCAACACAAUGAAGAGCUACCUCUGACUAGCCCCACAGCCCUGAUGCCUCGCCCCAUGCAUACAGCCCCCAUGCCUACAGCCCUGAUGCCUACAGCACUGAUGCCUCGCCCCAUGCCUAUAGCCCCCAUGCCUACACAUGACAGCCCUGAUGCCUACAGCACUGAUGCCUCGCCCCAUGCCUAUAGCCCCCAUGCCUACAGCCCCCAUGCAUACAGCCCCCAUGCCUACAGCCCUGAUGCCUACAGCACUGAUGCCUCGCCCCAUGCCUAUAGCCCCCAUGCCUAUACAGCCCCCAUGCCUACAGCCCCCAUGCAUACAGCCCCCAUGCCUACAGCCCUGAUGCCCAUGCCUCGCCCCCAUGCCUACAGCCCCCAUGCCUCUUACCUUGCCUCCAGCUAA